AUGAUUAAACAACAGCAACCACAGCAACUUAAGGCGCAAAGCACCCAGGUCCUUCAAACCAUUACAUACGCCAUAUAUGCAUAUAAUUCAAAGACGGCAGAACAAACGCAAAGGUUGAAAUAUGGAGAUUUGGAGAUAGUAUUGAAAAAUGACCGUUUCGAAUUCGUUUGCAAAGGUGGUGCAGUGAUAUCAAAUAUAAAAGAAAUUUUAUUUAUGAAUUCAAAAAUUAAAGGAAUAACGGAUGAUAUAACAUCAAUUCCACCAGAAGAACAAAGAUAUAUUUAA